CAUCCGUCGAGAUAAGGGGUAAGCCAACCCCGCAACCGUCUAACCGAGGAUUUCUCCAACACAAAUACCCCGCGUUCGCCCCCUCCAUUGUGCUGAGACGAGACAGUAAACACUACACGCGAUACAAAACAGCAGAAACAACAUGCCAUUCUACGACGUUCAGCACUCUCUCCCUCUGACCACUUCCCAACGCUCCUCUCUCGCUAAAGAACUCACAACUCUCCACGCAACCUCCUUCAACGCGCCAACUAUCUUCGUCAACGUCAAAUUCACACCCAACUCUGAAGAUGAAGGCUAUUUCGUAGGUGGAGAGCACAGGCCUAGCACGAAUCGCAUAUUUGUGCACGUGAGAUCUGGAAAAGGACGAGGUGAUGAAGCGUUUGCGAAAUUAGCUGCAGAUGUUGAGCAGGUGUGGAACAAGGUUGUUGGAAGGGGGACAGGGGAUUCCGUCGCGGGGAACUUGAAGGUCUUACAUGCUGUAUUCAUUGUGUCUGGUAUCACUGCUAGAGAGCAAGGGUUUGCGAUUCCGUUGGCUGGAGAAGAGGCGGUUUGGUUGAAGCAGAGUCUUGGAACAUUCAAGAAGAGGGCGGAUGCUGGAGAAGAGGAUAUGAAGACUUUGAUGGCGGAUCUUGAAGCGAGGCCAGAGUUGAUGAAGUAG